AGUAUCGCGAGAGUUGGAGCAGCGCGAGAACAACGGGUCCAGGCGAAUAGCAAAUAUUCCCGUUUAGCAUCAACAACAACCGAUAAUCGGUGAUCGAUGGUUCCGGUAUGUGGACCCACAGAGACAUGAGCCGUGCGCCGGUUCCGCCCAGAGACACGGAUGAAGACAGCGGACUGGGACACACAGGAUGUGGCCGCACUCCUCUGGAUGUCUGACAGACGGUGAAGACGGGGCCGACCUUGUGAAUCAUCCAACCUCCUCCUCUCUGAAUCCCAUAUUUUCUUGUUGAAGAAGUCUUUUCAUUUCACUAAAUAAUGUAGCAUAAAGCGAAUCCUCUGAGAUAUCUGACCUCUGCUGACGGUGCGUCGUCUGUUCGAUGGGGCUGAGCACAGCACUUCAGUUCACACUCAUUUGUAAAUUAUUAGACCGAUGUGCCGCGUUUGCCCCCCGUCAGUUACCCCAGCUGUGCCCUUCAGCUCUGUGUUGUAUGUGUGAAGUGAUCGGAUAGACCAUCAGUCAUCAUGAACGGCUCUCUUUUAACCCCGCCCAGCCCGCGGGCGGCCAACUCCUCUCCUCUACCGCCCUCCCCCUCCCCGUCUCCGUCCCCUCCGUCUCCCUCUUUGCUGCCCCUGUCCCCCCGGCCUCCUCCUCUGCCGCCCCUGGUGAGCCCUCCACCCCAGGCUCACCCGUCCUCCCUGUCCGACACCCCCACGCCGUCCCCCUCGCCUUGCCUGAGCUGGACCGAAUUCUGUGAGCUCCACGCACGCGUCGCCGCCGGCGACUUUGCGCGCCACUUCCGGGCUUUUCUCCUGGAAAACCCCCACUACUCCCCGGAUUCGGCGGCCGCCUUCUGCCGGCGCUUCACCGACCGUUUUGUCCGGCACUUCCAGAGCGAGCUGGAGGGGGCGCUCCCGCCGAGCUGUGCUUCUGGGAGGGACGAUAUGGUGAGCUGGGCUCCCCAGUCCGAUGCUACUUCCCUGGAAGAGGAAGCGGUCUCGCCCCUGUCGGCGUCUGGGGGAGCCGUCCUACCGUGCCCCCCGACCAACGCGAUGCGGGCCUCGUCAAAGCCUGCGCCGCCGCGGCUGGUGUUGGAGAACCGCAGCGGGGACAGGUUUCAAGAUUCUUACGCUCACAGCCAAGUCCUGCCUCCAUCUUCAUCAUCGUCGUGUUGCUCAUCAGUGGGAGGGAACAACGGGAGGCGAGAGGAGAGGGGGGCCAUAAUCGCCCCUGGCAACGGAGAAGCACCGGUUGAGGAAGAGGAGGACAGCUGGUUAGGGGUAGCGUCUGUGGGGGAGGACGUUGAGCCGGAAGAGCGGGAAGGAGAAUCCACAGAGGUGGACAGUGCAGACCCCUCCCACACUCCUCAGAUUCCACCUUCCUCGUCCUCGGUCACUCCUCCGCCCGGCUCCAAAGGUAACAGUACGCCCAACUCCAAAAACAAACUGAAGAAGCGCUUUUCUCUGCGGAGUGUGGGUCGUAGUGUGCGGGGGAGUGUCCGGGGCAUCCUCCACUGGCGAAGCUCCUCCAGUGACUCGGCCCAGAGCCAGCUGCCCUCCAGCUACAGCUACACGAUGGGCGUGCAGGACGCCGCCUUGGUUUCAACCUCAAAGAGGAACUCUGGUACGCAGCCUCCCACGCCCACCUCCUCCAUGCCUGUCUCUCUGUCCAUGCCCCUCUCCCUUCCCCACUCCUCCUCCUCCUCGCUGCCGCCCUCCUCCUCGAGCAGCGCCACCUCUCUGUCUCUCUCGGAGGCCGCUCGGGACCGGCGGCGGAGCAACGGCGAAGGAGGCGAGAAGGAGAAGUGGAGCCAUCGUCUGGAGAAGCUCAGACUGUCGCGAUCCCCUCCUCCUGUCCUCACCCCGACCGGCGGCUCUCACUCCGCCUCCUCCACGCUGCCCCCGAGCAGCGCCGCCGCCGCCAUGGGUCCUCCGAGGAAAGUGGGCCGGCUGGUGCGGGAGGGCGGGGUGACCGUCAGCUCGUCCAACGACGAGUUGAGCGCGGGCCACGGCUUCUCUGGCUUCUCGUUCGGUCUGCUGCAUCACAGUACAGACAACAACAGCGCCGCCUCCGCUGCGGCUCAGACCGGUCCGGUUCAGCCUCUGGCCAGCGGCGGGAACGUGCCCUGGAGGGGAGGACGCUGGCAUAAAUGUCGCCUGGUCCUCAGAGAGAGGGACAGAGAGGGUGGGGAGCGGGGAGAGGAGUACUACUUGGAAUUCUUCAUUCCCCCUAAAUCCUCAAAGCCCCGGCUGACUGUCCCUUGCUGCUCUAUCGUGGAUGUGAGGAGCACCACGGCGCUGGAGGUCCCCGACAAGGAGAACACCUUCCUGUUGCAGCUGGAAGGGUCGGCGCAGUACGUGAUCGAGACCCGUGACGCUGUGCAGAUGAGAGCCUGGCUGAGCGACAUCAGGAACGGCAUCUGUCUCAGUGAACAGGAAGACGCUGAAGGUGUGUGCGGGGGGCCGUUGGACAUCAGUGGGACGCCUGAGAUUGUUGACCGUCUUUCACAAGUGUGUUAUGGAGGUAUCGGCGGCUCCUCCCCCUGAUGGAUCCUCUCCCCCCGGGAGCUGCCACCUCGAGCCCCUCUGGACGAACCAGACAGCCGGAUUCUCGGGGGAGGCGGGGCUAGUCUGGGCACACCUUUUGCUGAGACACCAGACGCCACAGGGUCCUUCCUGUUCUCUGAGACGACAACCGCGGAGGCGGUGGAGCACCCGCUCAGUGAGUGUCAGUGGUUCCACGGCACCCUGUCCCGUCUCAAAGCGGCCCAGCUGGUGUUGGCUGGAGGCCCGGCGAGCCACGGCGUCUUCCUGGUUCGCCAGAGCGAGACACGGCGCGGAGAAUACGUCCUCACCUUUAACUUCCAGGGCAAGGCCAAGCACCUCCGUCUGUCCCUGAACGAAGACGGUCAGUGCCGAGUGCAGCACCUUUGGUUCCAGUCCAUCUUCGACAUGCUGGAGCACUUCCGGGUGCACCCGAUCCCCCUGGAGUCCGGCGGCGCCUCCGACGUCACACUCAUCAGCUUCGUGGGUGCCACCGCUGUUCGCCAGCCAGACUUGACCAGCAGACCCCGUAGCCCUCCUCAGCCUCCUCCCCUGCCACCGGGCCGCCCGCCACCCCCGACUCCUCCCCAGGAGAGAGGAAACGAGACAGAGGCGGGAGGAGGAGGUGGUGGAGGUGUUGGAGGAGGAGGAGGAGGAGCAGGAGGAGGACCGGCUGUGGUGACAAUGGCGACCACAGGAGGAGGAGGAGGUGGUGGAAGUGGAGGUGGAGGAGGAGGAAGUGGAGGCAGCGGAGGUGGAAGCGGAGGAGGAGUGGAGGACUGGGAGGAGAGGGACAGGGACACUCCUCUCCGCCAACUAGAAGCUGUGGAGGGAGAAGAGAGGGAGGGAGCGAGGGCGCCCCGAGCCAUCGAUAACCAGUACUCCUUCUUCUGAUGAAGGGAAGGCCAGGAGGAGGAAGAGGAGGAGGAGGAGGAGGAGCAGCAGUGUGUGUGCGUUUGUGACUGAGUGUGUGUGUAAGCGAACGUGAGAGUGGAUGAGGCGGCGUGCAUCAUAGCCAUUCAUAACCAGUAUUUUUAUUUUGUUAGCAAGGAGGAGGAGGAGGAGGAGGUGUAAAAGUACUAACACUAUAGGAGAGAGAGAGAGAAGACGAAGCAGACGGAGAGACGGGUGAGAGCAGCUUUACAACACUAACUCUUAACACGGUACUUCUUAUUUUAUUCUUUGUAGUCAGAUAAGCUUUUGUUUUUUGCCGGUACGCCUCGCAGCGGGCUCUUCCUCGUGAACGGCAGCGAGAGCUCGAGCCCCGUGAAGCCAGCAGUCCCGAUACCUCAGAGUGGUCCUGCCAAGACAGCACACGCUAUUCAGAGGCCAAACAUACAGACAGACGUUUACUGUGGCGGGUAGACCCCCAGACAUCCCGCUCUGAGCCGAGACCACGUUACUGCAAACUCCAUUUAAAAGUGUCUGAUUGGAGCUGUGACACCAAACUGGGUCGGUGGACGUUGUGACCAACGGAUUCUCGUUUUAAAGAGAGAACAAAAACAACGACCCGUUAUCUGGGUUGUUUUACGUUUUUUCUCCUCCUGUGUAUAAAUGGUUGUCGGGGAAAAUCCGUUGGUCGUAAUGUGCACUUAAAUUAACUCAAUUAACAAUAAACACAACAUGUGAUAUAUUUGAAUGUAUAAUUAUAAUAAUAGUAACACUAAUGACACAAUGCUUCAGCUUUUAGUUAACUUUAUUUAUACAGCACCUUUCAUACCAAAGUGCUUCACUUUACACACCCAAACAAACCACAGUAAAUACAGUUCUUCAAGGCUCGAUAUAAAAAUAAACACAAAUUGAUUCAAAACUAAAAAGUCCGGUUGGAGAUACUGAAGCUUCACACUUCUUCGGCUGUCCGACAUCAAAAAGUGUAAAUGCAACCAAGAAGCAUCGCAGACCGAUUGAGAUCAUGCUAAUAAAGAUGCUAAUAAAUCCCUGUGGAGGACGUUUCUACGAGCUUAUGUUAAAGGUCCGGUGUGUAACAUUUAGGAGGAUCUAUUGUUUGUUUUCAUUAGUGUAUAAUCCGCCAUGUUCCUACUGAACGGACAAACCAAACACUGACUCUAGAUGGGCCUUUCGUGGCUAUCGUAGUUUCUCCUGCUCCCUCAGAAGGCUGAGCUGUAUUCAGUUGGUUGCAGUCUGAAACUUUAACACUAUAUCCCACUCACUGGUCCUUUAGUAUGUAGGGUUAUUGGCAAGAAUUGUGCCCCCUGUAGUGUUUAGACAGGGUCAGAAAUGUUCAGAUGAGGUGUGUGUGUCGGUAGAGCCUCACCUGAUCAUCGAUAUCAAAUGUAAAUCUAUAAUAUCUAAAUACUGUGUUUGGUAACAGCAUGCAGGAAGAAACAGACUCACAGAAACACUACAAUUAGCUGUUAGCUGAUUCCUGAUCAGUUGAAACACUCAGUGAUCUGUGUGGGUCCAUUACCACCAGCACUGAUCUGCAUGUACUCAAACCAAUGUAAAUAAAAGUUUAUUAAACUGCUUCUGGUUUUCAUCCACUGGCAGAAAACCCAAUAAGACACUAAAGUUAGAGUAGUUCGGUCCUACCUGCUUUAAAUAUACACAUAUAUAAAUCAGUAGCUGAGCCGCCAUGAUGGAAAUACAUCCUCAAGAAUUCCCAUUAUUGGUGCCACUUCCUGAUAAUUCCCCCUUUAUAACAGCUGUUAGUCUGUAUUAACUUACAGCUUAAAGCCAUUAAUAAUAACCACUUUCAGGCUGCCAGGUCUGGUUUAUAUUUGCUAAUCAAACAGUAAAUCCGUUAAUAAAUACUCAUGAUUUCUCAAUUGAACAAUCAAUAUGUAAUAAACUACCAAUAAAGUCAUUAUAACCCCUUUAGAAACUGCUUUACUUAAAAGUUAAAGAAUAAACUGAUCUUUGGGGCGUCAGUAAAAACAUUCUGGUAAAUUUAAGACAAUAAUGAUUUGUUGAUUAUUCAUCAAGAAUUAUAAUCAAUUAAUUGUGAUUUAAUGUUGAACAGUUCAACACGUUAUAAUUGUAAAUUUAAUAUCUUUUCCUCCUCAUAUAUAUAUAUAUAUAUGAUAUAUAUAUUUUUGUAAUUUGAAGACUGCACACAGCUCUUAAAGGGCAUUUUUACACUAAAAGAUUCUUCAGUUAUUCCAAAAAAAUGAAUCACUGAUAAUAAACAGUUGUCAGUUGUUAUUGUGUGUGUUGUAGCCGUACAAGAUUGUUAAAAUGUUAAAAUUCAGGCUUUUAAAUGGAGAUAUUAUCUGUUAUAAAAGUUAUAAAAGUCCCUCAAACAACAGGUGUUUGCAGCGUUUAAAAUGAGUGAUUUUUGAGUGGAGUUUGGUGUGACGUUGUCUGUGCGCGGCGGAGGAUGUAAUGAGUCUACGUGAAGCAGAGCAGGAAGACUUUUACCUCAGACACACUCAGCAGCAGCAUCACUCAGUAUAUAUGUCUCUCUCUCUCUUUCUCUCUCUCUCUUUUUCUCUCUGACACACACAAAAAAACAACAAAAACAAAAACACAAACAACCUGAACGGGAGAUUUUCCUUUCAGAGAGAAAUUAUUGAUGAAACCAAUAACAGUAAUAUUGAUGGAAAUAAUAAUAAUAAUAAUAAUAAUAAUAAUAAUAAUAAUGACGGUCAGAAUAAUAAUAUUAAUUUUAUUUGUUUUUAAGACACCUUUUUAUUUUGUAUGCUUUACUCCAUGUAACACUUUGUUCCGACUCCAUCUUGUAAUUCAAAAUGUGUUUGUGCCUUUUUUUAUUUUUGGGAUAAAAAGAAGGAGAAAAUAUGUUUGCUAUAAUGCCUCAAGGCUAUCCAGUAUCCUCACUCUGUUUUCAUCCUCUCCUCCUCGACCUCAUCCUCCGUUCAUCAAGGGUAAAAAAAAAAAAAAAACCUUAAAAAAAUUAAUCAAUUAGCAGACGUCAAUGAGAAACCUACUUUUUCUACUUGUGCCUUUCUGUGUCUGUCGUCUCGUCAUCGGCCUCUGCCUGCUGUCGCUCUGUCUUCAGUUUAGAGCUUUUUGCCCCCCCCCACCCCACCCUGGUCAUUUCUACCGCUCUUUUCUUUGCUCAUGUAUUUGUCUAUAUGCACCCCCCCCCCACUGUCCUCCUCCCAAUCAUCUUGUUCUGUGUCCUUUCUCUCAGUUUCAGAACUCUUUGUGCCUUUCUCUGUCUCUUUUCUCUCUUUGCUGGGACCGUGUGUUGAGGGCGGGCAGUGUUGUCUGUCCACCCCGUGUGGUUAGUUUCAGGUACUACAUUGAAUUUAAUGAUAUAAUAUAAAUAUAGUGAAACAUAA